CGGUGCUACAGGGCAGGAAUCCCCUCCCCUCUUUCCUUUCCUCCCUCCCCCGGGCCCGGGCACGGCACCAAUCCAAUCCGCCGCCGCCGCCAUGGACGCCGGCGACGACGAGCCUCCCGUCCUCCUCGACCGCGCCUCCCGCGCCACCCGAGGAAAGAGGAUAACCAAGCUCCUCGAGGACGAGAUCGAGCAGGACGAGGUCUUCUGGAAUCAAGACGCCCUCAAGGAUGAAGACAACGAUGACAACUACGAGGAAGAGCAGGAUGCUGGCGACGAAUUCGACAGUGAUUUUGAUCGAUAUGAAUCUGGACCUGAUGAUGAGCCAGAAAAGGAAGAACGUGAGAGAUUACCAAUCAAAAAGCGCCUUAUGUUCCCCGGCAAGACGUUGAGAAAGACCAAUGCCAAGAAGAAGAAGAAGGUGACCCCAAAACUAGAAGAUGACAAGCCAAGUCCAUCCACACAAGCAGAUUUUCCUGAUGAAUUAGAGACCGAGAAGACCAUAAGGAAAUCAACCAGAACGUCGGUCAUUGUCAGACAAGCUGAAAGAGAAGCGAUACGUGCUGAAAAAGAAGCAACAGUCAAGCCAAUUAAGAAGAAAAAGGAGGGAGAAGAAAAGCGGAUGACACAAGAGGAGAUGCUUUUAGAAGCAGCUGAAACUGAGAUCAUGAACUUGAGAAAUCUAGAACGUGUACUGGCAAGAGAGGAGGAAGUCAAGAAAAAAGCUGUUGUUCAUAAGGACACCUAUGAAGGUCCUACAAUUCGAUUUUUCUCAAGAGAUGGGGAAUCAUGUCUGGAAUUCAUAAAUGGGGCAUCAUUUGGGUCGGAACUUUGUACAACAUCAGCACCUUAUCCAGAGAAAUCUGUCUGUGUGGUGACUGGACUUCCUGCCAAAUACCGUGAUCCGAAGACAGGGUUGCCUUAUGCAACUAUGGAAGCAUUUAAAAUAAUCCGGGAGAGUUUCCUGAAAGAGGAGGCUGAUAAAAAGAGACCAAACAUGUCGAAUAUGGGAGAGCUUUUUGAAUCAAUAGCUGGUGAAUGCUCGGCGCCUAAGAAGAGAAGGGUUGAGGUGAGGUCGCCGAGCAUAUCAGGAGGCUUAAGGCAUGGAGGGCGCUUCCGGCGAAUACCUGCUCUUGAUAUGGACGAGGACUAACGAGAGAGAUCAUGUGAUUUGACGAUCAGAUAGGAUAGGAUGCUGGGUCUAGCAUUAGAUCCUGAUGUAAUGCAAAGUUGAGGAUACUGCUGAACUGUCACAGCAAAUACCUGCGCUUGAUAUGUAAUGCAUCUUUGUCAGUUCUCGAAUAACUAUGAGCAAUGAGCUUGCGGAUUUGGGCUUCA